UGAAUAGUGACUGAUCUGAAAUUUUGCAUUACACUUACAGAAGGCAGAUUGGAACUAUGUUUUCAUUUCUUUUGUAAUUAGGUGCAAAGAAUUGUUCAACUGUGUUAAAUAUUACAAAAUAGUGAUAAUUAUAGUCAUGAAAUAUGAUUUAUACAGUGAAAAAAGCUAUAUUACUCAUCCUCUAUAUGAGUGCAGCAGUGUUAUGCAGAAUACACAAACUACCGCUUACGGAUGAUGAACGUCAUUACGUGGAUCUCACCACGUUUGGCUUCUUCCGCGGAGGGGUGCUGGACGUGCGAAUGAUCAAUUUUAAACUGCCCACCGGACCUGUAUAUGGCGAGUAUGGAUUUACACUGGAUCGAACCAUGAAUGACGCUAUAAGCCCGUACAUGGAUCCUCACACGGACACGUGUUUCCUGAAAGAGAUCGAGAAGACCGGUGUAUCGCCGCAGCAUCCGGCUAUUGUGUUCUUGAAAAUGGAUUUCAAUAAAUUAAGAUUAAAUGUUACGUGUAAGGGCGAAGUGACAACCCUAAAUCUAUAUCGGAACAGGUCAAUGAUCCCAACAGAUAGAACAAAAAGACAAUCACAGUUCAUGUUCAUAAAUAGAAGAAAGAGAGAAGUAGCGGAAGACAAUAAUGAUAUAUUCGUCGCUCAGUGUUCCCACACCUUGUUGCCUAUAACGAAAGAAAGUCGAAAUGGAUUUGACUAUUACAAUACAAGUUUCGCGAUGUAUGUGGCGUCGAGCAAGGAGGAGGGACUAUACAAUCUUUAUUUCCACAACUGUCCCCGGGUCGCUAAACAGAAUGCACCUCCAAUGAACAUGAUGAUAGAAAUAUACGAGAGCAACUACCAGGACAAUUAUCUGUCAGCUGGGGAGAUGCCACUGCCGACACUGUACACUCUAAUGUCCCUAAUAUUCUUCUUGAGCGCUGUUUUUUGGACGUACCUUUUGAAGACGAGUCGCCAUCCCGUGUACAGGAUACAUAUCAUUAUGUGUGUGCUAGUCUACUUGAAGGCGUUAUCGUUGGCGUUCCACGGUAUUAACUACCAUUUCAUACAGACUAGAGGGGAACACGUGACCGCAUGGGCGAUACUUUAUUACAUCACGCAUUUGUUGAAGGGAGCAGUGUUAUUUGUCACAAUUGUCCUCGUCGGCACCGGGUGGAACUUCAUCAAGCAUAUCCUUGCUGAUAGGGACAAGAAGCUAUUCAUGAUUGUCAUACCAUUACAGGUGGUGGCAAACGUGGCUGAGAUAAUAAUAGCGGAGAGUGAAGAGGGCGCCGCCGAGCACAACGCGUGGCGCGACAUAUUCAUACUGGUCGACCUGCUGUGCUGUGGUGCUAUUAUGUUUCCAGUCGUGUGGUCCAUACGUCACCUGCAGGAUGCGUCUAGCACGGACGGCAAGGCGGCCAUCAAUUUAAGGAAACUGAAGCUGUUCAGACACUUCUACAUUAUGGUGCUCUGUUAUAUAUACUUCACCAGGAUUAUUGUCUACCUAUUAAAGACUACGGUACCAUUCCAAUACUCGUGGAUAGACGAGAUGUUCCGCGAGAUGGCGACAUUCCUCUUCUUCGCUAUGACUGGAUACAAGUUCCGGCCGGCGGCCGCCAACCCAUACUUCACGCCGAACCACGUCGACGACAUCGAGCCGCAAGUAUUAUCCGACAUCGGAGUAUUGGAGGGCGUCACAAGGAUAUCAAAUAGAAGCGAGAAGAAGCGUGAAGACAUGCAGCCUCUCAUACAAGAGAUCAACUAUAAUUCAGAUUAGUUAUUACCCAAUGAUUUUCUAGGAAUAUUUUUAAAUUAUACCAUUAGGAUAUCUCCGUAUAUACAUAGAGACAUAAGCAUUAAGUCGUGUAAGUACAUAGUUUAAAAUUUUUAAUACUAGUAAGGGAUUCUAAAGCAUAGCGGUAUAAAUAAAGUAAAAACUCACAAAGCGAUUUUAAUUUUGCAUAUAUUGCGUGAUAAUCUACGAUUUAAAAGGAGAUCGAAAUGUAUGCAAUUCUUUGGAGUCGAUUUUAUUUGAUGAGACAAUAAAUUAGACGUGCGUGAAAAUUUAUAAGCGUCUAUAUACAAUUGCAUAUGCUUUAUUCACCUAUUAUAUCAGUACGCUAAAAACGUACGAUAUCAUGCCUUGUUAUGGUAAAUUAUAAUAUGGACUAUUGCCUUAUCUUGCAUUUAUAGAGAUGAAACUUUAUUACAACCGUCAGGAUGAGUAGAUGUCACUACAAGCACCAUCCGUUUUUUAAGGCAUUCUCUUUUACACUCGACACACUUAACUGGAAAAUAACAAUACAAUCUUCAGGAAAUAGUCCUUUUUAAAAGGCCUUGCACACUUACAUAUUCUCCGGGGUUGCGGGGUGCUCAUGGGCGGCGGUUGUCAUUUACCAUCAGGUGAGCCGCUUGCUAGAUUACUGUGUUAUAAAAAAAAUAUAUAUAAAAAAAUGUUUCAACCUUAAAUGGUACAGCUUCUCAUAGACAAGUGGCAAAGAAAUCUAUCGAUAACGUUACCGCUAGUGAGUCUAUAUCAUUGACUCUGAGAUAGAAUGAGAUAGCGACAUACGGUGUCUUAUUCUUUCUCAUGCGAGCGGUAAUCGAAACGAUUCUAUCGAUAGAAUCGUUUACCACUCGUCUAGUGGGCCGUAUUAGUUUUUUGCUUUGGAUUCCCCACUAGUCAAAAACUCCUAACACGACAACUGAACAAUGUAUAUACGUUUUGAGUAUUCCUAAAUAUUAUUGUAUGUAAUACUCGCUUUUUAUCACUAGACAUUUAUAUAGUGUCAAAAUAUAGGCGAGUAUUAUGUAAACUACAAGGUAAGGAUGAGGGAUAUGGGCCUUGAUUGCCCUAUGUUGGAUUCGGGACUUUUUUUUCCAUGCAGCAGUGAGAUAGAAGUAGUUAUCUAUGUAAGACUAUAGUAGGUAGGCACAUUAGGACAGUCAUUUGAUUUUGUUAGCUUGGCUCGUUUUUUUUUUUUUUUUUUUUUUUUUGAGAAGAACUAAUAAAAAUUUUAUACGUGUAUCAAUUAUAACUAUAUUAAAGAAGUCACUUCAAGAAUUGUUUUUGUUAUUACGCACCGUUAUUGUUUUAUUGUGAUCACGAGUAGGGAACUAGGAUGAACUGUCGAAUAAUAUGUAAAUAUCUAAUUCGCGUUUAAGCCUUAUGUUAUUAAAUUUAAAAUUAAUAUAAGAGAAGCUAGUUGAUUAUUGCUUGUUUGUAGGGAUGUUUUCCUACAUCAAACCUUGUUACAUCAUACGGGUGAAGUAUUUUUUGGACCAAUUGAUUUGCAAAAGUGCGGACAUUUUAGUAUCGUGUGUCAGUCGCCGGUUGUCGGGUAAAUUUUUUUUUUUCAUAUUAGAUAUAAAUAUAUAUAUUUAUUAAGAUGAUAAAACUCAAUACAAAGUAUAUGAACUAACGUAACUCGUCACUAUAUACAUAAUAACACAUCUGUACUAUAUAUUGCCGUUGGUACAGAUACAGGUUGUUCUUUUAUUCGACAAUUAUAAUUUCUUUUUGGUAAUAUAUUUUUUUUUCUAGAAAAAAAAGAGACUUUUUUGAUAUCCUAUUAAUAAUAAUAAUAAUAUUUCUUUAUUUAUAGAUUACAAAGUUCCAUUCUUGUUAGUAACAAUUGACUUAAACUAUGUUAGUAGAAAAAAAAAUACAAAAUUCAUUUUAUGGCCCCUAUAAUAAUUUUGACCCACAAUGAGAGGAUCGGGCUAUCGAAUUUAUUACAUAAUGCCCUCAGAAUGCUGUUACUGCUGCCACGCAAUCGGUAUAAAAGAGAUGCGAUCCGUUUGCGUCUGAUGGCAUAGAAGUCAUCUGUCCAUGCCGUUGCAAACAUUGUGGAUGCACUACAAAAAUAAUGAAUAAUAACAACAGUUUUAAGGAACGGGUUACAUUAAUUAACGUAUUGUAUAUCUAUUACACUUUUUAAUUGAUUUUUAAUUAAUAACCUUAUUCAUAAAAAUGACGAACGGAUAGACAUGUGAUCUGUAUCUAAACUCUCAAUUUGAGUGACUUGAAAAUUUUAACUAUUCAAGAACUAUUCAGCAUUUUGUGAAUAAGAUGGUUAAGCGAUUGGUUUUUUUUAUGGUUUGCGGUACAGUAUUUAAGGCAUCCCGUCCUCGCUAUUGGAUACGGGUCACGGAAUGCCUAUACAAGAGGGUACAUGGUGGGCGCAGUUUAGACGCAAUAUUUGAGGAGCGUUUGAAAGGUAAAUGAAUGGCCGAAUACUGCAACAAAUGAGUAUGUGGUCGGCCCCCGAACUGGCGACCUCUGCUGUCUACCGGUCCCCAAUAUGUGUUCGGAAUAUGUCGCAAUAAAAAGUGGCCAGUCCUUCUCCAUACCAUAUAGUACUUGUAUAUUAGAUUGGUUUUGCGUCUCCUAAGCUUCUGCCGUCGAGUUAAAAUGGGUCUGACAUUGUGUUUAUUUAUCGCUACCGUUUCUUUAAUCAUACAUAGUAUUUUUGUAACGCUCUCCUCACAUGUAGACACUCUUAUUGCGUAAAUAACAGUGUCUACAUUUGAGAAGCGUCCAAAAGUCAUAUCACACUAUCAAAUACAAUUUAUCAAUGGAUGAAGCAAUUGAUGUACACUUAAUAUCAAAAAUGUUGUGAUAUUUUAUAACGUUUUGGUCUUACUUAAAAAUAAUUUGGUUUCUACUUUGUAUAAUACGAUUAUAAAAUAUUUGGCAGUGUAAUAUGCCUCUAAAAAUUACGUUGUGUACAAUGGACUGCAAAUAGAUAUAUGAGUUUUUUUUUAUACUGUCGACUAAUAUGGCUAAUGUAUUAAUGUACAUAAAUACCAAAAUAAUGCAUUUCUCUAAAACCCAUAGGCGAUUGUAUUAUGUACAUAGUAUAAAAUUAAAUAUUUACCUAUUUAAAAGUAACGACUCUAUGGAAAGUCUUUCGCUUUUACGUCCAAAAGGUCCGACUGCAUUGAAAUUUUUCUUAUAAGAUUAUCCACAUUGUGUAUGAAUACAAUAUUGUUACUCUUUCAUUACCAAAGUGUCAUGGGCAACUAAGAAAACAAAGUAUUAUAUGCCAGUGCAAGAAAAGGUGAACCAGAAAUAACAUUCAAGUCAAUCUACUUAUAAUAGCUCUUAACACCAUUGAAUUUAAUUAUGCAUAAAACAUUCGUAUGACGAGAGUUACAAAUAAAUUUGUAAGCAUAUUUCUUUUGAAAAAUUGAAUGUACUACGAAAUUAGCUAAUUACAAUAAUGUACUUAUAACAAUUAAUAUACAAUACAUAGGUUAGUAAAUAAACGAUGUACAAUGGAAUCAACUUCCAGCAAGCAGUAUUUCCGAACCGAUACGACAACAUAACCUUCAAGAAAAGAGUAUAUUCCUUUUUAUAAGGCCGGCAGCACAACUGCAAUGCCGCUGGUGUUGUGGGUGAUCAUGGGCGGCGGUAGUCACUUACCAUCAGGUGAGCCGCAUGCUCGUUUGCCCCCUGUGUUGUAAAAAAAAAAACCAUCGACAGGAAUAUGCUUAUAAUUUGGGUUUGAAUUUUUGAUUAACGGAUGUUUUGUAAAUAAUUAACUUCCAUUAAUGUAUAUAAUACUUGUACAUAGAUCUGCCCCAGUUAAAGGAGUUUAUACGCGCUGGUCAGGCUACCUGGUAUAGGAUUUUCUUUCGAGUGAUUCUUCUCUGGUACUGUUGCCUUAUACUUUGUUUUCGCAGUUGGUUGUUAUGGUAUCUUGGGAUGGAAAGAAGUGGUGACAAUUUAUUGAAGUCACAGAAUAAUGUGCGUUUUAAGCUUAGAGAGUUAAUAACGUUUCAAAGUCGAUCCCAAUUAUUUUUCCGGUUCUUUUUGUUCAGUAUUUUUUUUUAUUUUUCUCGUCAAAUUACAAAUGGAACAUUCAAAUGUAAUAUAUGUUUGGCAGACUGUUCAGUUACGGACCUUCUUGAUUUAUAUAUAUAUGAUAUAUAUCAUACAUAAAAUGUGAUUAUAUAUUUUUUAUGUUUAUUUUACUUUCAUUAUGUGCAAGAAAUAAAUAUACCUACGUAAAACUAUGUAGUAAUAAUUUAAUCAUAUUUUUCCUAUAAUAUAUAAGUUCAGUUUUCCUUGGCUUUUUUUUUUAUAAUGUCCUAUGAUUUAAGUAAGAUUUUAUGAAUGUAACAUUGUUCGUAGAAUACUACUUGAGAACUGACGUCAUCGCAAUAAAUGUUACUUUGUUAAGCACUCAGAAAUUUCCAAAUUCUGUAAAAGUUAGAUGAAAUACGAGUUAAUAGUGUAUUUCACCUAAGUACAUACAUUGCUCAAUUAGAAAUUCAAAUCCGCCAAAUUGAUCUACCGUUUAAAUAUAACUAGAUUUUGUAUCAGAAUUAAAUCUAAUUACAAAGAUCUCGAAUGUUGCCUGAUGGCUAUAUUAAACAGUAUAGUUAGUGUAGGUUUACACUGGGCCAGUUACUGACUUCAGACUCGAAAUAGUUUAAAUUGAGUUUUGUAAAUUAUUUCAUUACAACAGCGCUGUCACGUCAGCACCGAUUUGAGAGUACAAAUUCCGCUAUCAUUUUCUAGUUCGAUUCAGUAUGGGACAGUAUUUGGUGCUGAAACUGGCACCAGUAACUGGCCCAAUAUAAAUUUACUUCUAAGGUAAGUAACCCAAAACCUAUUAUAAGCAUAAUUUACAUACAAUUUACAUAUAAAUAGUUAAUAGCCUCUAAGGUCGCUUUCUUUUCAUAUCACUAGUGCUUAAUAAACAGUGUAAUUAAAUUUUUUUUUUGUUUUUAGUAUUUAAGAAUUUCUAUUAGUGUAUAAAGCAGGUAACAACAACACAGGAUUUCCUCCGCCAUCCUUUGAAGCGUGCCAACUUGUUUGUUAUUAUGUGUUGAGAAAAUUGUUUCUAAACACUCUGCCUGCUAUUUACAUUGUGCACGUAACUUUGGUCCCCUGUAGUCGAGUCCGAGUACUUAUAUCAAGAUUUUUUUUUUUUAUUUUCUGUAGAGAAGGCGAAGUAAUUUGUUCUCUCAUGUGCAUUAUGCGAUAUUAUUCUAUUUUGUUUAAUGACAAACUCUAAAGUGGUUAUAAAUUAGUUGUACGGGCACUCCAUUCUCCUUAAAUACGCCUAUAGGCGAGUGACCAUUUACAACAGAUAAGCCAUCGUAAAGUAUUUGUGAAAAAUCCGAUUAAAAUGAUUUAAUAGAAGUAAUGCAUCUCCUAAUGAUAUUAUAUAAGUUUCGUGUAUUAAAUAUUGUAUAAAAUGUACAAAUAAAUUGUAAUUGUUAA